UUGUAGUAUCUACAGCUGAAUUAGAUGAGUCUAUUGAGACUGGAGGGCACCUUUGUUUCGAGGUAGUUCCAUUUAUCCGUAUUCAGUAUCGUGCUAGACGUUCUACAGUUCAAAUGGUCAAAUCGGAUAACUACUGUUCGGAAUAAAAGUUUUGAAAUUCGUUACAACAGGAAACGGAAGUGAUUUAUCGGAUCACAACGGAUCGGAAAAAUCGGUAUAUCUAUUUGACCGGAACGGAACGCGAUACUCUUGAGAAAAUAAUUCGCUGCAAAUUCGUUCGUUACAAAAAUCGCGUAAAUAGAAGAAAGUAUGGAUUUUGACGACGUACUUAACGAGGUCGGUUCCUUUGGGUUGUAUCAAAAGCUUAUUAUCUGUGCUGUUCUCCUCCCUGCGGCCAUACCGUGCGCGUUCCACGCUUACAGCCAGCUGUUCAUAGCUGCUAUUCCAGAACACUGGUGUCGAAUUCCAGAACUCGAGCCAUGGACAAAGGAUUACGGCGAAUUGGUGAAGAAUCUCAGCAUUCCCGUCGAGAUUGUGGAUAAUACGCUCAAAUAUUCCGAGUGUAAGAUGUAUGCUCGCAACUAUUCUGAAAUUGUACGAUACCUCGAAUACAGGACACCCUAUGACUUGGCUUUGGAUAAGGUCUGGGACAUUGGGGAUCCUCGAGGAGGAAAAAUUAUCAAUUGUCGAAAUGGUUGGCAUUAUGACACUGCGAUGUAUCCCAAUACUGUUGUGUCUGAGUGGGAUCUAGUUUGUGAGAGCAAUUUCUACAUCACUCUGGGAUUGUCGGUAUUUGGAAUAGCUGGACUUGUGGGAAACUAUAUAUUUGGUUAUUUGCAAGAUAUUUGGGGCAGAAGACCAUCGUUUUAUUUGUAUUUAAUGAUCGAAGUGUUAGCGUGUGCUGGAAGCGCUUUUGCCUGGGAUUACUAUUCAUGGCUUGGAAUGAGAUUUAUUGUGGGACUUACGGUACCAGCUAUACUCUCAAGUCCUUAUGUUUUGGCUAUUGAACUUGUCGGUCCUGAAAAGAGAGUCUUCUGUACGAUAGUGUCAAAUAUCGCGUAUUCAUUUGGUUUGACUUUUUUGGCAGGUGUCGUUUAUCUCGUUCGUGAUUGGAGAUUCCUGAGCUUGGCUGUAUCUUUGCCCCUUUUGCUUUUGUUUUCCUGUUUCUUUGUUCUUCCAGAAUCCCCACGAUGGUUAGCAGCAUUUGGAAAAACCAAAGAAGCUGCAAAAAUCCUUAAGACAAUUGCCCGAGUCAACGGCAAGGAAAUACCCACUGGCUACACUCUAGAUUUGGCACAAAAGCUAACCCAAUCAACAACUGCCCAUAAAAAGGGAUCAUCUCACGGAAUAAUGGAUCUUUUCCGAUCACCAAAUCUCCGAAAGAAGACUAUUAUAAUAACAUUUAUAUGGUUUACGAACACAAGUGUCUAUGUGGGUUUAAGUUACUAUGCACCGGCACUAGGGGGCGAUGAAAUUUGGAACUUUUUUCUUGCUGGAGCAGUUGAACUGCCAACAUAUCUGUUCCUUUGGCCGGGACUUCAUUUCUUCGGAAGACGUUGGGUUCUGUGUAUUUCAAUGCUCACAGGUGGCAUUGCCUGUAUCACAACUUUCCUUUACGCAAAAGAUCACUUGAUAAUGAUAAUUUUGUACUGCAUUGGAAAGAUGGGAAUUUCCUCUUCCUAUGUUGUUUUACCGCUGCUAGCAUCCGAAUUAUAUCCAACCGUUGUUCGUGGUCUGGGAAUGAGUUUCAGCGGUGUUAUUGCAAUGAUUGGACCCAUUUUAAUUCCAAUUAUAAACCAUAUGGGUGAACAUAUGCUGGUGCUGCCAUUGAUUGUGAUGGGUGUUUUGUUAGUCGUAGGGGGACUUGCAACGCUACUACUGCCAGAAACUAGGGGGAAGAAUCUUCCACAAACUUUGGAAGAAGGUGAAACGGUACCGCUUAAAAGUAUUUUUUCCUGCUGUCAAGCAUCACCAAGAACACAUCAUCCGAAUUCAAUGACAACGAGAAGAGACUCGGUUAGACCGGGAAGAAUUGUUUGUAGCGUUUGUAAAAAUGAAAUAAAGAAGUCAAGAAGAUAGCUUUUAAGUUAAAA